AUGGUAGAUCAACUUACAAAUGAUCAGAUCUCCGAAUUCAAGGAAGCAUUCAGCUUGUUUGACAAAGAUGGAGAUGGUUGCAUUACCAAAAAGGAGCUUGGGACUGUGAUGAGAUCGCUGGGACAAAACCCUACUGAGGCAGAGCUACAGGAUAUGAUUAAUGAAGUUGAUGCUAAUGGGAAUGGAACUAUUGAUUUCCCUGAGUUUUUAAAUCUAAUGGCUAGGAAGAUGAAAGAUACCGACUCCGAGGAAGAGCUGAAAGAGGCCUUUAGAGUUUUUGACAAUUAUCAUAAUGGUUUUAUUUCUGCUGCUGAGUUACGUCAUGUUAUGACAAAUCUCGGCAAGAAUCUUAUAGAUGAAGAAGUUGAUGAAAUGAUAAGGGAAGCAGAUGUUGAUGGUGAUGGCCAAAUAAAUUAUGAGGAAUUUGUGAAGGUCAUGAUAGCAAAAUGA